AGUUGGUAAUGCGCUUGUUACUGAAAUAGUAACAAGCUGUCGGUUUUUCUCACUUGCUUGUUCGGCGACACCAUUUUAUGUUUUAUGUUCUUUAUAACUCGUUAAUGUAUAAAAAAUGAGUGAUUAUUCAGCGGUAGCUCCGCCACCACAGCAAAAUUUUAAUCAGUCUUCAGCGUUUGCGGCCGCCUUACAAAGAGCUAAACAGAUCGCGGCUAAAAUCCAGCCAGCAGGAGGUCAAACAGAUAGGAGCAAAAGGCCUUUGGAAGACGGUCCGGAACCGGAUGCGAAAAAAGGGCCAGGCUUGCCUGUACCAACAAAUCAGGGACCUCCACUUGGUCGUCCACCCCAAAGCCAAGGUGGCAUGGGUGGUCCGAUGAUGGGAAGUGGUCCACAAAUGAACGAAGACAUCAAAGUCCCAGAUAAGAUGGUUGGGCUUAUAAUAGGUCGUGGUGGUGAACAGAUCACGAGACUCCAGUCCGAGAGUGGUUGCAAAAUACAAAUGGCACCCGAUUCGCAGGGCAUGCCCGACCGCAUCUGCUCCCUUUCGGGUACUAAAGAGGCAGUGUCACGCGCCAAGGAACUUAUCAUGAGCAUAGUGCAUCAACGGGGUCGCAACGAAGGCUUGGACAUGAACGGUCCACCAAUGGGUGGCGGCGGUCCUAGCAAUCAUAACAACUUCCAAGGAAUGAACAAUAUGAAUCAAGGCAUGGGUCCUGGCCAGGGCGGCGGUCCAGGUGGGCGAAACUUUGUGGAAAUAAUGAUUCCCGGCCCUAAAGUUGGUCUUAUCAUCGGCAAAGGGGGCGAAACCAUAAAGCAAUUGCAAGAGAAGAGUGGUGCCAAAAUGGUCGUCAUCCAGGACGGUCCCAAUCAGGAGCAAGAGAAACCUCUUCGCAUAACCGGUGAUCCUAGUAAAGUUGAAUAUGCAAAACAACUUGUCUACGACCUCAUAGCUGAAAAGGAAAUGCAAAAUUAUAACAGACGAGGCGGCAGCGGCGGCGGCGGUGGCGGCCGUGGCAGCGACCGAGGACCUGGCGGGCCCGGCGGUCCGGAUCAAUACAACGAUUACGGCGGCGGACCCGGUGGAGGAAAUGGUGGAGAAUUAGAAGUUCUCGUGCCAAGACAGGCCGUUGGUGUAGUCAUUGGAAAAGGAGGCGAUAUGAUCAAAAAGAUACAGGCUGAAACUGGAGCGAGAGUACAAUUUCAACAGGCCAGGGAGGAAGGUCCAGGCGAAAGGAGGUGCUAUCUCUCAGGAAAUCCUAAACAAGUAGAACAGGCUCGACUGAGAAUUGAGGAAUUGAUCGACAGCGUUCACCAUAGGGACAACGACGGAGGCGGUGGCGGUGCUGGUCGCGGUCACGGCGGGCGUGGUCGAGGUGGACGCGGCGGUAGCGGAGGACGAGGUAGCGACGGUUACGACCGGGGGAACAGGAAUGGCGGUGGCGAAUAUGGCGGUGGCGCCCCAUGGGACGACAGGCAACAGGGACCACCUCAACAAGAAGUCACAUUCACCGUGCCCAGUUCGAAGUGUGGUGUGAUCAUUGGACGUGGUGGCGAAACGAUAAAACAAAUAAAUCAACAAUCAGGCGCCUUCUGUGGCCUGGAUAGACGUACACAGAACGGUCCUAACUCGAACGAAAAAACCUUUACCAUAAAAGGCGACCCGGACCAGAUCGAGGCAGCCAAGCGAAUAAUCAGUGACAAAGUACAGAUGCCGCUCAAUUUUGUCUCCUCUGGCGGACCAAACAUGUCGUCUAACAUGCAGACCGCUUACCCCGGCAUGGCGCCGCAGGGUUACAAUCCACAAGGUGGUUGGGGCGGCGUUCAGGGCUACCAACAACCUCAACAGCAACAACAGCAACAAUGGUCGGGUCCGGCACCCGGCAACGAUGGUCCAGUUGGUAGUGGACAACAACCAGGUGGCGGUGUGCAGGUCAAUCCGGCCACCGGUCAGGCCGACUACUCGUUACAGUGGGCGGAAUACUACAGGUCACUAGGCAUGCAUCGCGAAGCCGAAAUGAUCGAAUUACAGGCUAAAUCGAAAGCUGCAGGAGGUGCUGGUACUCCAGCGCCCGGACAAAACGGACCGUCGACGGUCCAACCUGCCCAGACGCAGCCGGCUGCGGGAUCGGCGGCUGGCGGUGCUUCACAGCCGGACUAUAGCGCCCAAUGGGCAGAGUAUUAUCGAAGUAUAGGGAAACAUAAAGAAGCCGAAGCCAUUGAAGCCCAAAUGAAAAAUAAGGCUACUUCCAGUGUUCCUGCAAGCGGCAACGCUGCGACAUUGACGCCGGGACCAGCGGGACAAGCACCAGGUAGUUACCAGCAACAACCAUAUGGUGCAUAUCAACCCCCAGCUGGAUACUACGGCGGUCAGGCGCAGGGCGGAGUACAGACUGGCGUGCCUCAAGGAGGCUAUGGUUACCCAGCUUACGGUUACGGUGCCCCAACGGCGGGAUCGGCACCCAGCGGCGGUAGCGACAACUAGUUAGUGAAUCGAACAAUGGAAUCGGUGAUCAUUUAAAAUGUCACUUUUGGCCCCUCAAAUUAUCCAAGUUUGAUCCACCGAAGAAAAACAUUUCUUAGAGUUUUUAGUAUGUAAGCAACUCUGUUUUAUGCGCCGCCCAUAGAAAAUCGCCCAGCAGAGAAUGAUCCACAUUAGAUUUAAUAUAAUAGACAUAAGACGUUUUUGUUCAAUUCAUACAUAUGGCUGAAGACUCGUUUGUUUUAACAAUUAUUUUUUUUUUUGGAACACCAUUCCAAACGUUAUAUAGCCAUGAUGCGACACUUUUCGUAAUUGCAUACAACUUUAUUAUAUGUUUUAUUAUGUUUUACACAAUUGGAAUGUUUUUUACUGAACUAUGAAUUAAAAACAAUUCCACUUUAUAUAAAUUAUAGUUUUGUAGCGUGUAGGUUUCAUACAGGUCAUGUGUGUUAGAUUGUUAUUUAUAGGGAUUUAUGAGGAAAGAAUGUGAGGCGAUUAUCAUGGAGUAUGGAGCUACCGUUUGGUAAGAUUGCUUUAUAAAAUGCUGUACUCCCAAUUAUGUUCUGAAUUCAUGUUCGAGGACGAUCGUGACAAUUGCACUUGUAUUAAGCGCAAAAUAAGUAUUAUAUUUAUAGGAUUCAUUUUAUGUAAUGGUGAUGCAUCUCAUCGUGAUUAAAUUCCCGUAUCUUUUUUCUAUUAGCAUUAUAUAUAAUGAAUCAAGUGCUUUAUCCUCAAGCAUGGACUAUCUUUAUAUGCAAGACGUUUAGUAUGAAGUCUUUCCAUUAACGAAUCAUGGCAUAUUUUUAAAUAUACACCAGCGAUAUGUAUACAUUGGCAUUAAUUAUUUUUUCUAUAUUGUAAUCCACUAUGUACAGCAGUUUAACUGCGUUUGUAUGAAAUCAAUUAAAAAUAACCUAAAUAUCA